CCAUCUUCUAUACAAUAUUGAAACCAUCAUUAUGAGGGAAACUUUUUGUGCUAUGCUCUUUCUUGUUGCGGUAUUGUUCUUUGGAGCUGCAGAGUUCUGUUUCGGUCGGAACGUGAGCUUUAGCUGUAUGGAAAAGGAGAGAGAAGCCCUCUUGAAGUUCAAACUUUGUUUCCAUGAUCCAUUGCAUAUGUUAUCUUCUUGGAAAGGCAAUGACUGUUGUGAAUGGAGAGGAGUAGGCUGUGACAAGAAUAGCGGAUAUGUUGUCUCGCUUCAACUCAGGGGAUCGAUAUUUGAUCAAUCUCAUUGGUACUCUAUUGAUGAUCAACAACCUCAAUUGUACUUGAUUGACGAUGUAGAGGAGGUUGUUUCAAGUUUGCUCAAGUUGAGAUACUUGGAACACCUGGACUUGAGCAGAAAUAAUUUCAGUUUUAAUUUUAUUCCACCCUCCUUUGGCUUGAUGAAGCAGCUGAGGUACCUAAAUCUCUCUAAUAUGCAGUUUAGAGGAAGAAUUCCUGAUGAACUUGGAAAUCUUACAAGGCUUCAUGUUCUUGAUCUUUCUCAAGAUUAUUAUGAGAGAGGUCUCUUUCAAUAUUAUUAUGGGAGAUUGAAGGUUGAUGGUGACAUUCAGUGGAUUUCUUGUCUCUCCUCUUUGCAACGACUUUAUAUGAAUGGAGUAAAUCUAAACCAUGCAUCAUCAAACUUGUUCCAGGUACUUGGAAUGCUUUCUUCAUUAUCAUGGUUAAGUCUGUCAGAUUGUAGUCUAAAAAUUUCUCAUCUACCAUCUCACAACCAUCCCCUUAAUUUUACAUUUCUUGGAAAUAUUCAGCACUUUGAUAUUUCAUGGAACUCUUUUCAUGGUGCAAUGCCUAUAUUUCUCCAAAAUAUGACUUCAUUGACAUUUCUUGAUGUGAGUGAAGUAAAUCUAAGCCUUACAUCAUCAAACUUGUUUCAAGAAUUGGGCAUGCUUCCUUCACUAUCAUGGUUAAGUUUGGCAAGCUGUCGUCUCAAAAAUUAUCACUUGCCAUCUCACAACCAUCCCUUUAAUUUUACAUUGCUUAGCAAUAUUCAGCACUUAGAUAUUUCAUGGAACUUUUUCCAAGGUCCAAUACCUAUAUUUCUCCAAAACAUGACCUCCUUGACAUUUCUUUAUCUUUCUUUCAAUCAACUGAGUGGGAGUAUUCUAGAUAGUAUCAGGCACCUUUCUAAGUUAGAAAGCAUAGAUCUUUCUUGCAAUCAAUUGAGUGGGAGUAUUCCAUAUAGCAUCUGGCAACUUUCUAAGUUAGAGAGCAUAGAUCUUUCUGGCAAUCAAUUAAGUGGGAGUAUUCCAAAUAGCAUAUGGCAACUUUCUCAGUUAAAGAGUAUAGAUCUUUCUGGCAAUCAAUUGAGUGGAAGUAUUCCAGAUAGCAUCUGGCAACUUUCUAAGUUAGAGAGGAUAAUUCUUCCUGGCAAUCAAUUGAGUGGGAGUAUUCCAAAUAGCAUUGGGCAACUUUCUAAGUUAGAGAGCAUUUAUCUUUUUGGUAAUCAAUUGAAUGGGAGUAUUCCAGAUAGCAUCGGGCAACUUUCUGAGUUAGAGAGCAUGUAUCUUUUUGACAAUCAAUUGAGUGGGAGUAUUCCAGAUAGCAUUGGGCAACUUUCUAAGUUAGAGAGCAUUGAUAUUUCUUUCAAUCAAUUGAGUGGCAGUAUUCCAGAUAGCAUUUGGCAACUUUCUAAGUUAGAGAGGAUAGGUAUUGCUAGCAAUCAAUUGAGUGGAAGUAUUCCAGAUAACAUCAAGCAACUUUCUAAGUUAGAGAGCAUGUAUCUUUAUAGCAAUCAAUUGAGUGGGAAUAUUCCAGCUAGCAUUGGGCAGCUUUCUAAGUUAAAGAGCAUUGAUCUUUCUUACAAUCAAUUGAGUGGGAGUAUUCCAUAUAGUAUCGGGCAACUUUCUGAGUUAGAAAGCAUUGAUCUUUCUGACAAUCAAUUGAGUGGGAGUAUUCCAGAUAGCAUUGGGCAACUUUAUAAGUUACAGAACAUAGGUUUUUCUGGCAUUCAGUUUGGAACAAGAUUUCCUGAUUGGCUUCUAUUGCAUAAGACAAUAAUCAUGCUUGAUCUCUCUAAUGCUAGCAUCUCAGGUCCUUUGCCAGAAAACAUCAAUCAUAUGAUGCCAAUGUUGCAGGGAUUAUAUCUUGCAAAUAACCUCAUGAACGGUUCAAUUCCAAAGUCAUUAUGCAAUUCAAAAUCCUUGGAAUAUCUUGAUCUCUCAAACAAUAUGUUCUCUGGAAGUAUUCCUAAUUGUUGGAGAAAUGAUCAACCAUUGUAUUUUAUUGAUCUAUCUUCUAACAAUCUCUCAGGUUUAUUUCCAAGCACAAUAGAGUUGCUUUCCUUAUUUGUACUACACUUGAACAACAAUAGUCUACAUGGGGAACUACGUGUGGCCUUGAAAAACUUCACUUCUUUAAUGGUUUUGGAUUUGGGUGAAAAUAAAUUUUCUGGAAAUUUAACAAGCAUGGUAGAGGGUGAGAUCAGCAAUCACUCUUUAAAAAUUCUCCGACUACGAAAAAAUUUGGUUUCUGGUUAUAUUCCUUCGAAACUAUGCUUUCUCUCUCAAUUGCAAAUUCUAGAUCUUGCAGAUAACAAUUUGACAGGAAGGAUUCCUCCUUGUAUUGGUAAGUUUCCAAUUAUGCUGAAUGCAACAGGAUUGAUCAAUAGCAUGAAUGAAGCAUAUUGGUCUUGGGCGCAUUUGUUUGAGGUUGUGAAAGGGAGAUACCUUGAGUAUACAAGGAGAACCCUUGGACUCGAGAGUAGUAUAGAUCUUUCGAGUAACAAUCUAAUAGGAUUCAUACCAGAGGAGUUCAUUUUCCUUAGGGAUUUGCACAUUUUGAAUUUGUCUUGGAAUCAUCUCUCAGGACAAAUCCCUGAGAAAAUUGGACAAAUGGAGAAUUUGGAAUCUCUUGAUUUCUCCCAAAAUGGCCUCUCAGGAAUAAUCCCAAAGAGCAUCUCAAGUUUAACCAAGUUAAGCCACCUCAACUUGUCCUACAACAACUUGUCAGGGCCAAUUCCAACAGGCUAUCAGCUCCAAACACUCGAAGAUUUAACCAUUUACAUCGGUAAUCCUCAACUCUGUGGAUCUCCACUCUUGAAGAAAUGCUCAAAUGAUGUACUACCUCCACCAACCAACAACUUCAAGGACAACGAUGAUGGUGCACUUGAAAGAAUGUGGUUUUACCUUAUCGUGAUGUCAGGCUUUGCAAUUGGAUUCUGGGGAGUUGUUGGAACUUUGAUUUUUGUGAAAAGUUGGAGAUAUGCUUAUUUUCAAUGGGUGGAUGAUAUCAAACAUUGGAUCCUUGUGAUUGUAACAUUAAAGAUGGCAUGAUUCAAAAAGAUGUUGAAUGGUAACCCAAGUAAUUAGUGAGUUAUAUAUGAAGUAUAUUGUUGUUACUACAUUUAUUAUUAAACUAGUUGGACAACC